AGUGUUUUUGUCCGCAUAGUUAUGUACGGCUUUGUAGUUAUGUACGAUGAAUAUACAUAGGCGUGUAACCUAGGAACAAUAGGGUCGGUUACGAGGAUGACGUCGGACGAAAUAAGAAUUCGAAGUGGUGACGACGGUGUCGAUAAUGAUGGUGGUGACCGUGAUGGUUAAGGGGAUAUAACGGAACGAAGUUCGUACCGCGAUGAUAGAGCGCGCUCUUCCCAUCUUUCCUCCGCUCUUUGCUGAUCACGAGAAGGAAGGAUAUGAUAAAUUGUGGCCGAUGAAGAAAAGAGCACGAGCACGAGUACGAGCAGGAGCACGAGCAAGAAGAGCAAGCGGCUUCGUCGAGGAAGGCGGGAAGAGGCGACGACGAGGCGGCACAAGCAAUACCGAUAAAAGAUCAACACUAGAUCUGAUGUUAGCGGACAUUAACGGUAACUUGGCGGAUCUGAGAAGCGAAGCGAUGGCGUCGCAGAGGUUUUGUCUGCGUUGGAAUAAUCAUCAAAGUAAUCUACUCUCCGUUUUCGACCAACUACCCAUGACGAGUCGUUCGUCGACGUUACACUGGCCGUCGAGGGCCAGCUACUCAGGGCACAUAAGAUGGUGCUGUGGCGUGUACCUUACUUUCAGGUAA